AUGGUUGGAAGCAAAGAGAAACGAGACAAGAGACUCCAACAGAUCUCUCUCCUUCGUACUAUUCCUUACUCGGACCACCAAAGGUGGUGGACAUCUGAAACUGUGGCGGUGGUAACAGGUGCAAACAGAGGGAUAGGAUUUGAGAUGGUGAAACAAUUGGCUGGACAUGGCUUAACUGUUAUAUUAACAUCUAGAGACGAGAAUGUAGGCUUCGAAGCUGCUAAAGUGUUGCAAGAAGGUGGCUUCAACGUUGAUUUCCACCGCCUCGAUAUCUUGGACUCUUCCUCUAUUCAAGACUUCUGCCAAUGGAUUAAGGAUAAAUAUGGAUUCGUUGAUGUUUUAAUAAACAAUGCAGGUGUAAACUACAAUGUUGGAACACAUAACUCUGUAGAGAACUCUCAUAUGGUUAUAUCUACAAACUACAAUGGGACAAAGAACAUAAUCAAAGCCAUGAUUCCAUUGAUGAGACAAGCUUCUCCAGGUGCUCGUAUUGUCAACGUCACCUCUAGGCUUGGUAGAUUAAAAGGCCGCCACAGUAAACUUGAGAAUGAAGCAGUGAGAGCGAAGCUUAUGGAUGUGGACUCUCUGACAGAAGAAAUGGUUGACGAAACAGUGACUGAGUUUCUGAAGCAAGUGGAAGAAGGAACGUGGGAAUCUGGAGGUUGGCCACAUUCUUUCACAGACUAUUCUGUUUCCAAGAUGGCGGUGAACGCAUACACUCGAGUACUAGCGAAAGAACUAUCUGAGAGACCAGAAGGAGAGAAGAUAUAUGCAAACUGCUUUUGUCCCGGUUGGGUGAAAACCGCAAUGACCGGUUAUGCUGGGAAUAUCUCAGCAGAGGAUGGAGCUGACACUGGAGUCUGGCUUGCGUUGCUUCCUGAUCAAGCUAUCACUGGAAAGUUCUUUGCUGAGAGGCGUGAGAUCAGUUUCUAA